AAAAUAAUUAAAUUUUGGGCAACGCAAUUGUGAGCAUUAUAAUACCCUAAAUAUUGACAAUUCAGUGGACUAUUUUUAAGCCCAGUUGGCAUGGCUGUUUCGAUGUUCUUGUCGACCGGCCGGAAUUUUGUUCGUGUUUUCAGUUCCCGUCAUAUAGCAACCUGCACUGCUAGAAUGGCGAGCGAGGUGGAGAAAUCGCAAACGGCAGCUGCCAGUGAAGAUACGAUUUUCGGCAAAAUUUUGCGCAAAGAGAUUCCCUGCAAGUUUAUCCACGAAGAUGACAAGUGUGUGGCCUUUCAUGAUGUGGCUCCCCAGGCACCAACCCAUUUCCUGGUAAUACCCCGCAAGCCGAUUGCCCAACUCUCUCUGGCUGAGGAUGGAGAUUCCGAUCUGCUAGGCCACCUCAUGCUGGUGGGUCGCAAGGUGGCCAAGGAUCUGGGCCUGGAGGAGGGCUACCGCGUGGUCAUCAACAAUGGCAAGCACGGCGCCCAGUCCGUUUACCACUUGCAUUUGCACUUCCUCGGCGGCCGCCAGAUGCAGUGGCCUCCCGGCUAAUGUUGUUAAAACAUCUUAUAAUAUUCAAGAGAUCUAUGAGAUCUGAUAAUUAAACCCUCGGAGGGUGCUACAAAUCCCAAGAUAAUUAUUCAAAUAAAUUUUGUAAAAC